AUGAGGGCUCUCCUCCUUGUUUUCAGUGUAACAACUGCGUCAUCAUCUUUGUGCGAAUUGGUUACGAUCGAAUGUCAAACCGACACAGUGAACAUGAAAAUCAACGAUACAUGUCUUUUUGAAGACUUUGCCGCGAUGAACAGCACGAUUACUUCGAUGUUUCUUGGAACUGUAGACUUGACAACGGGCGUAUACGACGAAUCAGCGGUUCACGAUGACUGCAAAGUAACUGAUGCGAUAAGUGAAGGUUUUGAAAUCUAA